AAUUGGAAUGUGACAACUAAGAGUUCGAAAAUUGUCAAAAUUUAGUUAAAUUAGUUUGAGCUGGUUGAAAAAUGUCCAGAAAAUCAAAGUUUAUGAACGAAAUAAAAAUAAAUGAAGUAAAAUCGGAUGCCCACAAAAUGUUUGCAAAUUAUGGGCAUGAUUGUACACUAGAUGAUAUUUCCGAUAACUACGAUUGGAAUUAUGCACCAGGUUUUUCACUUUUGAAAAAAAUACAAAGAUGGUUUGUAAGACUGCGAGUCGUGAGCGAAUCUAGUAAAUUAUAUACCCACCAUCUGCGGAGUUUUGGAGCAAUUUCCGCUGAACGGAGAAGACAACUCAAAUAUCAUCCUUACACAAUACAUCCAUUCAGUACAGGAAGAAUUGUAUGGGCUAUUAUUAUGAUGGUUAUCAUUCUCUAUCAGUUGACAGUUACACCAUUUUUGUUCCUGUUAUUCGACUUUAAAAAAGAGAAUUUCGCUUAUAGCGGGAUUCUUAAUGCCUUUAGGUUGUAUUUCGAUACUCUUUUACUGUUCAAUAUACCAGUCAACUGUUUGACAGGAUAUUAUGACGAACCAAUGCAAAAGGUAGUUUUAGAUGUGAAGCUGAUUUCUAUACAUUACUUGAAAACCAAUUUCCUUCUUGACCUCGUUUCAUCGUUUCCAACGUACUAUGAUAUUUUUAUACACAUGAGUAUUUCAUCCAAGGCAAGUUUGCUGUGGUUUACAAUAUUUCGAUUUUUGUUAGUUAUUCAAUUUAGCAGAUAUUCAAGAAUGGUAGCCAAUCAUUUCAACAUUAACCACUUCACUUAUAUGACAACAAUGGUUAUUUUUUAUACAGUGAUUUUCUGGCACGUCAUGUGUUGUGUUGUAGUAUUCAUAAGAAACCAUAUACUGCUUCAUGCAGAUCUUAGCAAACCUUUAUUUUCCACGAAGAUUGUUCCAAAUAGUGCUCAAGCGAUCACAGACAAUAGAGUAUGGGUGAUGUAUUUUGGUGCACUACACCACAAAUCACUUCUUCUGUACAAUUCUGGGUAUGGAAAGGCAGAACCAGUUAGUGAACUAGAGAUAGUCCUGAUUUAUUGUGUUUGGUAUGGAUCUAGUCUAUUUUGUAUAUAUAUUUUGGGUUUGUCAUUUAGAAGAUGGUGCCCAUUUUGGAGAGAUAGCCCUAUUAAUCAAAGAUACAUUCAGAAUUGCCUCGGUGAUAGCUGUUGAAGUAUCGGAAAUCUACCGCUUGGACCAAAAAGACUUUGUCAAGGCUAUCAAUCCAUAUCCCGAUCUCUUGGCCAACAUUCAGCACAUAGCAGAAGAACGGAUGGAAGUAUCUUCAAUGUUAGACGAAUAUAACAGGAGGGAAAUUGCAUCGAAAAGAUUCAACCUUUUAAACCAAUAAAAAUAUCAUAAUAAAAUCAUAUAGAAGUCACUCGCCAGAGUUGAAGUUUAUAAGAUACGAGGAGACUAUUACCGCAAUGUGGCGCUGACGAUGAUGAAAAACAGGGUAGCUAUGGCUAUCAGUUUUUGCUGGUUAUUCAAUUCAGCAGAUACAAAAUAGAGAUACAGUCAUUCAAUAUACUACUUAGACAAUGAUUGUCCAACCUGUUAUGAAAUAUAUUGUGGUAUUUAUAAAAAACCAUAUGCUGCUUCACGCAUAACUCAUCAGACCUUUAUUUCACCAAGACGAGUGUCCUACAAAAGGACAAACUGAAUCAUUACUUUGGUUUAUGAUUCACCGCUACAGAUCGCAAACCAUUAAUGAUGAUGAGAAUAUUGGUAUUGUAUCAUUCUCUCUAUACAAUACUGGGUAUGAAAAGAGAAAGAGUCGGUCAACGAAUUGGAUUUACUCUUGAUUUGUUGUGUUUGUUAUGGAACCAGUCAGUUUCACCUCCCUGAUGGGGGAUGGGCACCAUGGUUUGAUCAAUAAUGUCCGAUCUACCAAAAACCGGAUGAUCUGAACAAUAAACAAAGUCAUCUUCAGAAAAGAAUACAAUGAAUGUCCAAACCUGAAACAUUCACCACAUUGAAACGAAUGAUUUGCAGUUUGGUCCCGAUUUCGACGUUAAGUACUAGGACUUUUUCUGCACAGCACCAUAGGUUUGGUACAUAGAAGAUGGUAGCGUUUGAACCAAAAACACAAGGCCCUCAGUUCAUAUCAUGAUCUUCUGGACAGCAUUCACAACAUAAUGGAAGGAUAGAUUGAAGUAUCUUUCAUGUUAGAUGAAUAUACUUAUCUAAAAGCUGAGAAAUGGCAUAAAAAAUAUUCAACGAUUCAAACCAGAAAAUGUUAUUGAAUAAAUUGAAAUAAAAUGAUUUUUUUUAUUGGA